GCACCGUGGCCCUUCAUUUCACCCUCACCCACGGAGGGGCAGGUGGCCAGGGGUAGUGGGGCACAUCACUGCGGCUGAACACCAUGGGGAAGCUGUGGCUUUGGCUCAUUGCUCUCACAGGACUCUUUGGCCCUUCUGCCCCACAAGAAAAAGUGACUGCCAGGAUCCAGGCUCACCCGCCGGCACCCACCGAGCACCAUCAGCUGAUGUUGUCCUGCGAAGUCUCUGGGGACCCCGGCCCUCAGCAGUUCCUGUGGGAGAAGGAAGGAAGCCAAGUACCCCUGCAGAAAGGCCCAGACAACAUCCUCAUCAUCCCCUCCUUCAACAAGACCCACUGUGGCACCUACAUCUGCACAGCCACCGGCUCCCAGGGCAGCGUCGUGGCCACCUACGACCUGUGGAUAGACGACCUCUUCAACAAAGUGUUCGUGUUUCCUCAAGAGACCAAUGACUCCUACGUGCUCAUUAAGGCAAUGCCGGAGCAACCACUGCAGAACUUCACCGUGUGCCUGAGGUCCUACACAGACCUCACCCGGUCCUACAGCCUCUUCUCCUACGCCACCAAGGCCCAGGACAACGACAUCGUCCUCAUCAAACCCAGGCCCAGGGAGUACCAGCUGUACGUGGGGGGCAAGUUUGUGUCCUUCAGGGUCCCCGAGGACUCAAUGGAGAGUGAACAUAUCUGCACCAGUUGGGAGUCUACCACCGGCAUCGUGGGCUUUUGGUUCAAUGGGAAGCGCUGGCCCUACAAGGGGCUGCAGAAAGGCUACCUUGUGAGCCACAAGGCAGUGAUUGUGCUGGGGCAGGAGCAGAACUCCUAUGGGGGUCUGUUUGAUGCCAAGCAGUCCUUUGUAGGGGAGAUCUCAGAGGUGUACAUGUGGGAUGUGGGGCUCACAACCAGACAGGUGAUAUCAGCCAUGCGCAACUGGCCUAUGGAAGCCCCCAUCUUCGGCUGGAGAAACUUGCCCUACAAGAUUGAAGGAGAGGUGUAUCUGAAGCCCUGACGCAGCCCGGACCCUGCCUGGAGCCGCACAGAGGGCACAAGGCUGUUUGUCACCUCUACACUCCUGCUAACCUUUAGGGAAGCCAUAAUUGCCAUGCAACCCUGCUGAUGUCCCCCCUUCCCCUUCUGCCAUUUGCAAGCCCCCAUUGGCCACAUGGCAUCAAAUUAAGAAAUGGACAUGAGCAAAUAAAUCACGGGCACAUGGAUGGCAGAAGUAAAACCAAGCCAGCACCUCCGUAUCCAUGCUUGGAGCCACUCCAGCAGAGCCAAGGGCACUCAGCCAGGGUAAAUCCCCACUGCUUCUUCCUAUUGCCACCCUCUCCUUCUCAGAGUGAUUGGCACAGCGGGUGCCAGCACUGACAAUCUCUCCACCACCCCAUGGCGACCUUCGUACUCUAAGCCCAGCCUUUUCUGGGCUAACUACAUCACCUCUCCAGGAAGAGCAGGCAGGAGAGACAGCUGAUCUGGAAUUACCACCUCUGGAGUGGAUGGUGGCAAGCUGGGACGCAUAAACAAGGUUUCUGGGAGAAAGGGGCCAUGGCAAAAUCUGCCCAUUAGGGGGUCAAGCAAGGCCAGACUGGGGCUUCCCAAACCAUUCAUCCCUACUAAAAAUGUCAGACAUGCAGCAUGAUCUCUGUCAUGCUCCAUCUGGUCCCCUCCAACACUUGGGUGCUUUUGAAGGAGCCCCCAUAGGCAUCCACCUCACUUCCAGGGCAGUCACCAGCUCCGUCAUAGCCCCUGGCAGCUCCCUUCUUGGGCGUGGGCUCUCCCGUCAGGCAAUACCUGUGGCCAAACCCCAUAACACACAGGUGGGUUCCCAAACGACAGCUACUGUCCACCCACACAUACCUUGUACCCUUGGGUCUCUGCCCCGAGAGGUUGCUUUGGCCUGGUCAAGAGAAGCAGCUGUAGGGCCAGGUAAGAUCUAGGUAGGAUCUCCAGGAUCUGGUGAAGCCCUACAGCAGCGAUUCCAGCUUUAUACUCAGCCCCACAUAGGCCUCAUCCAUGUCUGGGUGAAACAAGGGCUGACACCCUUCGGCACGUACCCAUGACGGGAACCGAAGGGCUCUACGGCAAUGGGGGACCUCUGUACUGCAAUACGGCCACACGUGGCUGGGCAGCGUGGUGUUAAUCCCACUUGUCUCCUCUGUGGUGGGGAGGACAAGAGUCUCCAACACCUCUUCAGGAGCUGGACCUGGGAGCAGCAGGUGUGGACAGCUGCCCAUGGGUAGGACUGUGGCCCCACCACAGCCAUGGGACCUCAAAAGCCAGGAGCAGAGGGGUUUUGUGAGCCACAGCUCUGGCCACACUGUCAGGCCCAGCCGACACAGCCAUGCCUGCUGGAGAAGAAAACCCCGUGCUGGGAGGCUUUAUUCACACCAAAGCACUGGGAAAUCCCAUCCAGCAGCAUUUUCUCAUCGCCUUCCCCAAGCUAGGAAGGACAGGGAGCACUGGGCUGAGCAUGCUGGGGCAGGGAUGGCUUGCUUUGGCCGCUGUGUGGCCUGGACCUGGGAUUCCCCGCAAUAUUUCUCCCCCUUCCUUUUUGCAUUUUUUUUUAAAUAAACACCAUCGUCCAUGCAGCCACCAUAUCCGAGAGCUUCAGCAGUCGGAGAGCCCAGCCGACACCCAUCACCCACCUCUGCGCAGCUGCACCCAGCUCCUUGCCCACCUUAGCCCAUGCUGGAGCCCAUAAAACCCCCCACCUUUGUUUUAAAGUUUCUUGGCAGAGCUGCUGGCUUAGUGCCAUUCACCUUGAUUUAAAGGCCUGUCACAGUGGCAGUGGGAAUUUCUAUCAACCUCCCCUCGCCAAAUUUUCCGGGUUUUGUUCCUGGCUAAAAGAUAACGCUAAUACAAUGGGGUAACACUUGACUGCAAUUGCAUCCCUAAAAGCAUCAUCUUAUAAAGGGGAAAUUGAAGCAAUAUCUGCUUUGAAGAAAGAACAAGAAGGUGACAGCAUUUGUAAGCUGAAAUUUGGAUUUGAGGAGAAAAAUGUUUCCUCCGGUGCAAAUUCCCCUUUUUAGCUGUGCAUGCUCUACCCCCACAGGGACCCAGCAGCACCCCCGUGGCAUCCUGCAUUUUGAGCCUGUUCAUGUCUUUCUUUGCAUUUCUCUUAGCACACUGACCUCCUCGUCUUUCAGUGCACCAGUUUGCCCACACAUGCCCAAAGUCCCCUCCAUCAAAACCAGUUGCUGUUCCAAUCGUGCAUUUUUAAAUAACAUUUUCUUCCCCAUAGCAAAGCUUUGAACAGUUUUUAAUCCCACUUUAGUAGCCAUCAGAGCAAAAAAGGACCCGUGUCUUGUUACUUUUCUGGAAUAAAGCUUUCUUCAUCUAGAGAAGAAAAGAGAUGAUUUAAUC